AUGACAUUCCACCCAACCAUGGAAGAAUUUACAGAUUUCAACAAAUAUAUUGCUUACAUGGAAUCCCAGGGUGCACACCGAGCUGGCCUAGCCAAGGUAAUUCCACCCAAGGAAUGGAAAGCCAGACAGAACUAUGAUGGUAUCAAUGACAUCUUAAUAGCCACUCCUCUCCAGCAGGUGGUCUCUGGGCGGGCAGGUGUGUUCACUCAAUACCAUAAAAAGAAGAAAGCCAUGACUGUGGGGGACUAUCGCCACUUGGCAAACAGUGAAAACUAUCGGACUCCACCACACUUGAAUUUUGAAGAUUUGGAGCGAAAAUACUGGAAGAACCGCCUCAGCAAUUCACCAAUUUAUGGUGCUGACAUCAGCGGCUCCUUAUUUGAUGAAAACACCAAACAAUGGAACCUUGGUCACCUGGGAACGAUUUUGGAUCUGCUGGAGCAGGAAUGUGGAGUUCUCAUUGAAGGCGUCAACACACCGUACCUGUACUUUGGCAUGUGGAAGGCCACCUUCGCUUGGCACACGGAGGACAUGGACCUUUACAGCAUCAACUACCUGCACUUCGGGGAGCCCAAAACGUGGUACAACGUGCCCCCAGAACACGGCCAGAGGCUGGAACGCCUGGCCAGGGAGCUUUUCCUGGGGACUUCCCGAGACUGUGAGGCCUUCCUGCGGCACAAGGUGGCUCUCAUCUCGCCCACUGUCCUCAAGAAGAACGGCAUUCCCUGCAAUCGCAUGACUCAGGAGGCUGGAGAGUUCAUGGUGACGUUUCCCUAUGGCUACCAUGCUGGCUUCAACCACGGCUUCAACUGCGCGGAAGCCAUCAACUUCGCCACCCCGCGAUGGGUGGAUUAUGGCAAAGUGGCGUCUCAGUGCAGCUGCGGGGAGGCCAGGGUGAGCUUCUCCAUGGACGCCUUCGUGCGCAUCCUGCAACCCGAGCGCUACGAGCUGUGGAAACGCGGGCAGGACCGGCCGGUCGUGGAUCACGCGGGGCCCGGGGCGCCGGCCAGCCCGGAGCUGACCGCCGGGAGGGAGGAAGGGGCGACCGGCCGUGCUGCACCUUGCCUGAGGCUCCUCUCUCUCAUGCUAGACCCUCCCUUUCCCGGGGCUGUGGACGAGGGUAGUGAGAGCUGCCACGGAGCCCCUGGGUGUCGGGAGCCCUGCUGCGAGGUGCCCGGGGAAGACGCUGCCCAGCCCAGGCUCGCUGCUGCCCGAAGCCGCGAGGAGUCCACCGCGGCCCCGCUGUUCUCGGGUCUCUCCGUCCCCGUUCUCUGCCCAGCAACUGACACACGUGCUUGUUAUCGUCCUCUGGCAAUUGGGGCCCUGGAGGCGACCAUUCAGGCUCCCACCAAGAGGUGCCGCUUGGUGGGCACAGCGCUCUCAGCUUCGGGUCCUGAUCGCCAGCACCUGCCUGUGGAUGGAACUUUAUCGGACAAGCUGGAACCUUCCAGCCCUCACCCCAGCAUCCUGCGAAGUCUUCACAGUGCUGCUGUGUUCCCAUAUUUAUACCUCGGGGACACUGGAUCCCAGAGCUCCAAAGCACCCCGGCCUGUGCCUGAAAUCCCUGGAGAGCAUCACAGUGAAUCUCUGACAGGGUCCGACCUGAUGCCCCCAUCCUCAUCCUGCCCCUGA